AUGUCCGCCACAACUACAUUCUCGAAACGGUUAUCACCCUCAACACUGCGGCGGGCUUUUUUUCGGUCACCUGGGAGCCGAUGUUUGAACACGGUAGCCGGGCGACGGGACCGGCCCUUCCGCGUGGCGGUGGUGGGAGCUGGGCCCGCCGGGUUUUACACUGCAUAUCGGGUCCUGAGCAAACUUGCCAGUGCGAAGGUAGAUAUGUACGAGUCAUUACCAGCGCCGUACGGGCUUAUCAGGUUCGGCGUUGCACCGGAUCACCCCGAAGUCAAGGUUUCCUCUUCCCCUCCCUAACUUCCACACACCGCCACCAAUCACUCACACACGCAAAAAAAAUACGCCCCAGAACUGUCAAGACAAAUUCAACGAAGUGGCCCAAGACCCACGCUUCACUUACAUCGGCAACACCCCAAUCGGCACAUCCUGGCCACACCCGCCACACCGCAGCCUCCCACUGGCCGUUCUGGGCCCGCACUACGAUGCCCUCCUCCUCUCCUACGGCGCCUCCAGAGACCGCAAACUCGCGAUCCCUGGCGAAGAAUCAUUAGCGGGUGUGCACUCCGCCCGGGCGUUUGUCGGCUGGUACAACGGCCUCCCGGAGUGCCGCCACCUGAAGCCGGACCUGCACCUGGCUGAGGAAGCGACGGUGAUUGGACAGGGCAAUGUUGCGCUGGAUGUGGCGAGGAUGUUACUCUCGCGGCCGGACGAUUUGAGGACGACGGAUAUCACCGAGUAUGCUAUUGAAGAGCUGAGCAGGAGCAGGGUUAAGCGGGUGAGGGUUGUGGGUAGGAGGGGGCUAUUGCAGGCGGCGUUUACAGUGAAGGAGUUGAGAGAGCUGUUGUCUCUGCGGGGAGUUGGGUUUCACCCCGUGCACGCUUCUCUACUCCCCGAAGAUCCGAAUUCCUUCCCGAGAGCGCAGAAGCGGAUCAUUCAGGUCCUACAGAAAGGUCCAAAGACACAGCUGACUGGUGCGGAGAAGUCGUGGGAACUAGGCUUCCUACGCUCGCCGAAGGCGUUUAUCCCAUCAGCGAGUGACCCGGCUCGCAUUGGAGCAAUAGAGUUCGAAAAGAACAGACUAGAGGAACCGAUGUUCUCCCCUACUUCCAACGCCAUUGGCACCAGCCAGACCGAAGUGCUCCCGACGGAUCUAGCAUUCAGAAGCAUCGGAUAUCUGAGUGAGCGAAUCCCCGGAUUCGGGGAUCUCGGCAUUCCCUUCAACGAGAAACGCGGAUUGGUUCCCAACGAGGACGGCCGCGUCGUUAGACCCCUUGGCCCAAAAACCGGGGAUCCUGCCAUCCCCGUACCCGGAGUCUACACCAGUGGAUGGGUCAAACGCGGGCCUACGGGUGUCAUUGCUAGCACUAUGUACGAUGCCUUUGACACUGGCGAUAGAAUGGUCAGUGACUGGACGGGUGGUCAAGUGGAGUUUAUGAGGUUUGGCGGGGCAGAGAAGAAGUCUGGCUGGGAGGCCGUCAGGAAUGAAGUUGCGAGUCGGGGGAUAAGGCCCAUCAGCUGGGCGCAAUGGAUGAAGAUUGACAAGGCAGAGAAGGAGCGUGGGGCUAGAUUUGGGAAGGAGAGGGAGAAGUUUACGAGUGAGGAGGAGAUGCUCGCCGUUUUGGAGUAA